AAGAUUGAGAAAUACAGGGGUGGUUGAAUAAUGACCUAAUAAAGCAUCUGUGACGGGGCAGACAGAAGGACAGAAGCUGCACCAUGGAGUGCUACAUCUUUUCUAUACUGUUCCUGGUUUUUGCUUGGCAUUCCGAGUGUUCGUCGGACAAUAGAUUCUUCAUCUCAGCCCCUGGAGUGUUUCAUUGGGGUGUAAAUAAUAAAGUGUUUGUCCAGAGGGGAGGGGCUUACCUUAAUAGCCCAGUUACUCUCUAUCUGGAGAAUCAGGCAAAUAGGAUUGUGUCUGAAAAGAAAACCAUUUACAGUACAGAAGCAGGGGGGAUCAGCACAGUUGAGCUCAUGAUAGACAAAAAUUUUCAACCAGAGCCUGGUAGAAUUCCCUACCUCAACCUUAUAGCAGAGAGUCCAUCCUUCGGGGUAGGUGUCAGGAAGGCUACAAGGGUCCUGUUUACACAUCACAGAGGCUAUAUCUUCAUUCAGACCCAUCAGCCGAUCUACAAUCCAAAGCAGACAGUGAUGUACAGGGUAUUCACUCUUGACCAAAAACUAAGACCUCAUCACGAAGUAUUUCACCUAUCAGUAUUUAAUGCAGCUGGAAACAGAGUGAUGCAUAUUCUUCUGACUGCAAAAGGAGGGAUAUAUCAAGGCAAAUUCCACAUACCUGAAGUCUCUAAACUGGGGACAUGGACGAUUAGAGCACACUAUAAAGGGGACAAAGACCACGCAGCUAAACUAGAGUUCAAAGUCCAGAAAUUUGUUUUACCAAAUUUUGAGGUGAACAUCGGACUGGAGAAGAGCUAUAUUUUGUUGAACGCUGAACAACUCAAUUUCACCAUCUCAGCAAAGUACUCACAUGGUGAAAGAGUUCGAGGGGCUUAUCACUGUAAGUUUGGUGUAGUAGACAAAAAUAAAGAGGAUGAUCAAAAAAAGAUGCCCAUCUUCCUAAGGGGUCUGGAACUGACUGGUUCGGUCCAGAAUGUGACUGAGCCCACACUAGCUACCCUCCAGAUGGCAGACUUACAGGUGCAACUUCAAAAACUAAACUUGACCCUCUCUGAACUACAGCAGAGAGGAUCACAAAUCUACUUGGGAGUAUUUGUCACUAACAUACAAAGUGGUGAAGUACAAGAGGAUGAAGUUUACCUUCCCAUCAUCUCCCACAAGUACACCAUGGAUCUCUCUCAAACACGUUUACAUUUCCUCCCUGGAUAUCCGCUAGAUGUGGUGGUGGUCAUGCAUCAUCCUGACGGUUCCCCAGCAGUUGGUGUGCCUGUACAGGUACAUGUGUCAUCAUCCAUAGAGCCUUGGGAGGGCACCACUAACCAGGAGGGGGCAGUGUUUCCUUCGUUUAACACCAAUGAUGCACCUCAGAUUACCCUCCAAGUGUCUGCUGGUGAUCUGCAACAAACCAAAGUAAUACAGCGAGCUACAUCUCCAAGUGGAAGCUACAUUUACCUCAGUUUUACACAUCAGACAUAUUCUGUGGGGGAUGUUAUGAGUGUAACCUACUACACCAUCAACGGCCCAAAUAAUGGCCGUAUAUACUACAUGGUCCUAAGCCGUGGGAGUCUCAUUCAGACGGGCUCUUUUGGAUUUGGUACCAAUCUUAAACAUAACCUGCUGAUAACAUCUGAGAUGGUGCCAUCCUUCCGUCUGAUUGGCUACUUCUAUGACCAGGGUGGUAAAGUCAUUGCUGACUCAGUGUGGGUUGAUGUCAGGGAUGAAUGUGAGAUAAAGGUCGAGGUAAAACAUUCAGGACAGUAUGCACCUCGACAACUGGCUCAAGUAGAAUUUGAUCUACAUGGUCAAAAUGCCAAAGUGGCACUCCUGGCUGUAGAUAAGGCCUUCUACGCUCUCAAAGCUGAUAAUAAGCUCACAGCCAAACAGGUGUUCUCCACCAUGCAGUCAUACGACCGUGGCUGCUCUAAAAAAGGGGGAGCUAACCCCGCUUCAGUACUACUACAUGCCGGUCUCUCGUUUGUUACUCAUUCUGAGUCAGAGUGGAUAAGGGGUUUUAGCUGUGAUCCAGAAUCCACACGUCAAAGACGUGCAGUGGACCUUCAACAGGAAAUUCUGACUUUAAAAUCUAACUUCACGGACGAAAAGUUGAAAGACUGUUGUGUUCGCGGCUUUUCUCUCAUCCCCAUGAGACAAACGUGUCAGGAAAGAGCAAGGAGAGUGUCUCUGGUUGAAGUGAAUCCAUCUUGUGCAGAAGCAUUUCUAAAUUGCUGCCUUGAAGGAGAACGUCUGAGACAAAAAAAGAAACAAGAAGAUUCUUGGAAAGAAUUUGGAAGGACUGUAAGAAUGGAGGACAUUGAAAGGUACUUCUUGGAUAAUCCUGCUCGCAACAUUCGACGACUUUUCCCCCCAAGCUUUGAGUUCAGAGAAUUUGAAGUAAAUGGGAAAAAACGCCAUGUUAUAGCUCUUCCGGAUUCGAUCACUACAUGGGAGAUCCAGGUCAUCACUCUGUCUCCAGCAACUGGUUUCUGUGUUGCAAAGCCAUCUGAGAUUAGAGCAUUUAAAAAGGUGUUUGUGUCCCUGAGACUGCCUUACUCUGUGAGAAAAUAUGAGCAGCUCUCUAUUUCCCCUGUCAUCUACAACUAUGGCCAAGAAACACUACAGUUGGCAGUUAACAUGGAACAAACCGAAGGGCUUUGCUCCCCAGCCUCAGCCACCUCUGCGUCCUUUGUCAACAUCACUUUGAAGCCUGAGUCCUCCCAGUUUGUUUCUUUUUCUGCCAUCCCCAUGGCGACCGGCUCGAUACCCAUCAAAAUACGUGUUGUUGAUAUGGUGAAUGAACAAGAUGUUGAUGCAAUUGAGAAGACUUUGAAUGUGUUGACAGAAGGAAUUGAAAAGAGAGAGGAGCAAACCAAACUCAUUAAAUUUGAUGGUGGGAAGAGCUCAGACACUUUGAUUAUUGAUGGAACUUUCCCAGAUGAAACAGUCCCUGAGUCCGGCUCAAAUAUAUUUGUCUCUGUGGAAGGGGAGGGAUUUGGCAGUUCCCAUGCAAAGAAUCUUCUUUCCCCUGAAAAAGUAAAAAAACUGCUUAACAAGCCUGGGGGAUGUUUACAACAGACAAUGAGUGGAUUUGCUCCUACAGUUACAGCCCUCCGCUACCUUGACAAGAGUGACCAGUGGUUUAACCUGCCCAUUGAAGCCAGAGAUGAAGCCCUGGGUUAUGUUGAGCAUGGUCAUGCAAGAAUUGUACGUUUCAAGAAUAAAAACGAUGGAUCAUAUUCAUCAUUCAGAGGAGUGCCACGCAGUAACUGGGUGACUGCCCUGGUAGUGAAGAUGCUAUCGCUGAUUGCACAACUUCAGGCAGAUACUAUUGGGGAGCAGGGCAGGAGGGCCAAGACUGUACCACUGGAGGAGAUCAGACAUCCUGUCAGUUAUUUGCUCUCAGCGCAGGAGGAUGAUGGUUCAUUCAUUGACCCACAUCAAGUGUUACAUUCAGGGCUUCUGACAGGGACUGAUCAGAGGGCAUCCAUGACAGCUUUCGUAACACUGGCACUGCAACGAUCUCUUGAGUUUCUACAUCCUGAAGGAAAACGUAGCAUGGAGGCAAGCCUUUCAAGAUCAACAACAUAUCUCAAGUCACGCUAUGAGGAGCUUCAGCAUCCAUAUGCUGUUGCCAUUACAGCCUACUGCCUCGCAGUUUGCCUCCCACCGGAAACAGACCGUUCGUUUAUUUGGGGGAAACUUGAAGAGCUUGCUGUUGAAGGAGAGAAUGGCUGUUAUCUGUGGACAAAAAAUCCCACCCCGAGUAAUAAAGCUUAUGCAGAUGCCAUCACAAUAGAGAAUACAGCCUAUGCCCUCCUCGCUGCAGUGGAACUUCAGGAAACUGAGUGGGCAAAUAAAGCAGCCUGCUGGUUAACCACCCAGGAAAACAGUCAUGGAGGCUUCAGAUCAACACAGGAUACCAUAAUGGCACUGGAAGCCCUGGCAGAGUAUGAACUAGAGAGGCCCCCUCCUUCUGAAGCAAGUCUUAGAGUGGUGUUCACAACACAAGUAAAGAGUGAUAUUCUAAAGCUUGAACUGGAAAAUAAGGAGGACAAGGUGGAAAAAGACCUUAGGAGACUUGCAGGGCAUACCAUUAAUGCAGUAUUAACAGGCAAAGGCAGCACCAAGCUUAAAGUUGUAAAAGCCUAUCAUUUACUGGAGCCCAAGGAUGAGUGUAAAGAUGUUUCAAUCAGAGUCACUGUGGAAGGAAAAGUGGAGUAUACUGCUAAGGUCGUAGAAAACUAUGACUACUAUGAGGACUACAACGGGGCACCGGAAGUGCAAGUGCCUGGCAUAACUGAGGGGUCCGAUGUUUGGGACACAAACAAUCUUGAUACUAAUUCAAAUUCUAAUGAGGCUCUAAAAUACACAGUCUGUGUCAGUCACAGUCUGAACAGGAACCUCACAGGAAUGGCCAUCGCUGACAUCACACUUCUUAGUGGAUUUGAGGCUGUAACUGAUGACCUUGACGUACUAAAAGAACAACCUGAGCAGUACAUUUCACAUUACGAGGUCACCUAUGGACGAGUGAUUCUAUAUUUUAAUAAGCUCUUUGAUAAUGAGGAAUGUAUCUCAUUUAAUGCCAUACAAAGUGUACCAAUUGGUCUUCUGCAGCCUGCUGAAGCUGUAUUCUACGACUAUUAUGAACCAGAUGUUAAGUGUGCUGUAUUCUACUCAGCUCCUCAAAGAAGCAAGCUGAUCUCCAGACUGUGUUCAGAGGAUGUGUGUCAGUGUGCAGAAAGACCAUGUCAUAAAAUACACAACACAUUCAAAUCAGAGAGGAGUCGCAGAGGCAAGAAAGAGAACCAGCGUUUACAGCAUGCCUGCUUCUUCCCAACUGUAGAUUAUGCAUACAUGGUUGAAGUCCUCAAUAUUUCCAUGAAGAGUAACUUUGAGCUCUACAGAAUGAACAUCCUUGACGUGCUCAAAUCACAUGGAGAUAUGGAUGUAGGUGAGAACUCCAUCAGAGUGUUUGCUAAGAGGCGUCACUGUAAAGAAGAGCUGGACUUGGGAAAACAGUAUCUGAUCAUGGGCAAAGACGGCUCCACAACCGACUCAAAUAAAAAGAUGCAGUAUCUGCUGGAAUCAAACACCUGGGUUGAGAAGAAGCCAUCAGAGGAAGAAUGUAAAAAAAGUGCAUAUCGCGCUGCUUGCAGGGAGUUUCUUUCAUUUACUAAUGACUACAAGAUCAAUGGCUGCAGACAGUGAAGAAUGCUGCCAAGCCAGUCUACAGGUAGCUCAGUUAUACACAGUUUCCUAUAAGACGAAUGGAAAGCAGAGAUGCUGAGUUUCUUUUUUCUUCUAACCAGAAUCAUAUAACUGUAUUAAUCAUAUUUACUGAGAGUUAUUGCAAGACGGACAGUAAGUGGAUAACUGGAUCCAUCACAGUCUUAUUUAAAACUAGAAAAGCACUCAGAGAGCACAGACGUUCGCCAUUAGCCCUAUCUCCCAAUAGUACAGAAUCUUUAAAAAAAAUUCCUGGAUCCAGACAGUGAUCCAGAUCAGUCCCAAAAUCUAC